AUGUUUAUUCAAAAUACUACUACUAAACCAGAAGGGAAAACCGAUGAUGGCAACACGAUCAGAACAGUUCUUCUCUUCAAAGAUCAGAUAGCCGCUAACGCAGUUUGUCGGCGAUUACGUGAUCUCAGCAAUAAGAUUGCCGGCACUUUACAGCCUAGUUUUGUGAGCAAAAAAUUCGAGCACGAUCUUAAGCCAAAAGAAAUUAAGCUGAGUAUUGUAAGUCAGCAUUGCGUUGUUUAAAAUUUGCAUGUGAUCUGUGUGAUGCAGAUUAUUUUGGCUACACAGCCCCGGCGACACCUUCCGUCAUCGUAUUGCUGUAUUCAGCUAUCGGUAAACAUUUUUAGAAGCUCACGGUGACAAAAAUAUUCUUAAUGAGGGCCAAUUUCGUGUUCUCAAGAAGUGUCACGGCCAAAUUUGAGUGCCCCAUUUAUGAAAUGCUACCGCAUCAAAGAACUGAGGCCUAGCCUUAACACACAGAGUGACUCCAUCAGUAACUCUUUUAACUUGUAACAUAUAUUUAUAGUUACUUUCCUUUUUAAUGAACUAUUGGGUUUUUUUUGUAUUUAUAGAACAUACAUAUUUUAUUUCUUUUAACUGGUAACGUCGAAACGUCGUGUAAUUUUUAACUCCUAUUCGUAAUCAUUCAGACCUCGUUUUAAAUUUUUUAUAUCUUAAGUGGCUAAGCCACAGUGUUGAUUGUAAGCUGGUUACCAGUCCUUGUUUAUUUCCAGUUAAUGUUUUGCCACACUUUGCCGAGCAGUUACCCGGGGCGAAAUAAUGACUAGUUAAAAUGACUAUCUGCACUAGCAGCUUUGUUUGGCCAGUCACUGUUGGUUCAUUGUAUUGAACACUUCCCACCCGGUAUACUGUUCUGCGGUCGAUAAUGCACUGAUUUAGUGUUAAUAACUGAGUGUUCAAAAACCAUCUGAAAAAACCGUGGCAGGAUUAGCUCAGUCGGUAGGGCGUUUACUCCUUUAGUAGGGGUACGACAGGGUUGUAAGCUGAUUGUAAAUGACAUUGUUGAUAUAUCUGACUCUGUGAUCCCUUGAUCAUGAGAGAAUGCAAAAUCAGUUAUUCACUAUAUGCAGAUGAUCUUCUCCUGCUUUCCGAAUCAGAACAUGGUUUGCAUGAGAUGCCUUAAUAAGUUGAAUUGUUACGUUAAGAAAUGGCAAAUGAGGAUAAAUAUAAAGAAGACAAAAGCUAUUAUUUUCGGUAAAAGUGGUAAAAAAUUUAGAAGUGAAUUCAAGCUAGGAAACCAGCCAAUCCAAGUAACAGAUAGUUGCGUCCACCUUGGAAUAACUUUCACGCCUCCUAGUUCUUUUUCACUGGCCCAGAAAAAGCUAUAUUAUAAAGCCACCAAAUCUCUUUAUGGUUUCCUGUCAGAGGUAAAUAUUUACAAUGGUGCAUCUGUCUCAGCAGUUCUUAAACUUUUUGAUUCUCUUGUGAGCCCAAUGCUUUUGUACAACUGUGAAAUUUGGGGUUGUUUUUUAAAAUCAGUCGGGAAUAACUAUGAAAAAUUUGUCUCGAGAAUUUUUGAUGAACGAAUAACACCCGAGAAUAUGCAAAACAAGGUAUGCAAAAUGGCCUUAGGGGAUCACUCUAAAGCAAGUAACCAUGCAUGCUGGACAUGCUGUGAAGGGAGAACUCGGACGUUUUCCUCUUCAUCUUAUUAUUUACACUAGAAUUUUUAAGUACUUCUUAAGGUUACUUACCGUACAAAAUAACCAAAUUUUAAAUAGCACCCUAGAGAUAAAAGGGCCAUUUUAAUAAUGUAGGUAAACAUUCAUGGUUUACUACGUACUGUAAGACACAGCUAAGACACCUAUUACACUUUACCAAAUCAGGAGCCGAUUACCGCUCCUGACCAAAUUAAUUAAAUCUUCCACAUCUUGACUACAGGACAAUUCCUCACCUGGUUAGAAUGUUUAAAAGAAAUUUGUUUAAAGAAUAGCAGGAAUAUUGGUCAAAAAAUUUGAACAAGGAUAAAUUCGACUCCUCAGUUGGAAAUAAAUUAAGUCUGUAUAGUGAACUGAAAAACGAAGUCAGAUUUGGAUCUUAUCUGGAUUUAAUAAAGAACGUUAAGACAAGAGUGGCAGUAAUCUGACAUUCUGACAACGCGGGUGGAAAACCUACACGCGGUUUCUCAUUCCAUUCAACACAAAACAUUCAGGGCCAAAUAUUUAGUUUAGCCCGCAGAGUUUGACAAAACCGCGUUUUCUGAGUCAUUUUCAAUUUGCCCAACGAUUUUACCUAAACAUCAUUUAUGGUGAAAAGUUUUACGAAGGCAUACAGAGAAGACUAGAAAAACUUUUAUCUUCUUAAAACAACCCACCAACGACUGAGAUCUGGAGGUUCAAAGAUUCGUUAAAUCGCGGCUUAAGUUAGACUUCGUUCAAAUACUUGGCCCUUAGUGCUUUGAACCACGCCUAAGACUUUGGAAAUAAAGUGAAGGAAUCGCUUAAAAGAACUACGAAUUCGAAGUGGGCUACACUCACGAAAAGUCGAAUUGUCCCGCAUAUAUGUCAAAUACUUUCAUGCCUUUGUUAGCACUCUCAACUAUGUCUGUCCCAUCGAUGCAAACAAUGACAAAAAAAGAUGAAGUUGGGAUGGGGAUGGACUGGAUGGAGAACUUUCCACCUGUUUGACAACGAGCUAUAAGAAGCGAAUCAACUCAAGUCAAAGAGGGAUCUUUACCACUAGCGUCACGGGACUAGGUAAUGCUAUUUGCUAUCUUUUUAAAAAGCUAAAACUUUUUUUGCAUCAAUUGAAUUCCAAAAGUAAUGGUCCAGUUUUGUUAAUUAAGACUUUAUUUUGGCAUUGAUAUUGUCUCCCUUCGUCUGUUCCAAUGGAUUGCAAAGGUUGAAAAUGGAUUGAAACUUAGGCCAACAACAAGAUACAGGACACAUACAGUAAUUUCAGCCAGAUAAGUACAUGACUGAUUCAGACAAUGAAAGUGACGAAGAAGGUGACUUUUAAGUAGUUUAUGGCAGGACAUUGAUGCAUGACCAGUUCGGGAAGAUCGGUACGAGAUCAUCACUGGUGCGUCUGUAUCUAUGAGGCUGUUGUCAUAAUGAUGGUUAUACGACUUGGAUCUAAUUUGUACUUACAGCAAAAAUUGGUAAAUAGGUGUCUUAAUAGCUAUUGCUUACCCAUUUUUGCUACUUCGGUUAGAUAAUUGUGUUUUUUUUUCCAUAUUUUCAGUUACUUAUAAAUUGUACUAGUGGCGGAGUUUAUGUGAUUUCAUGUAAAUUUAUACCUUGAUUUUAGAAGGGCCUACCCUCAAAAGUGAUUGACUUGCUGAAGUAAAGAAAAUUCGGGUUAUGGCAGAAUAACAUUUCCUGUAGGAAAGUGAAAGUUAAUAGCUAACCAAAAUUAGUAGUUAACUGAGAAUUGGCCAAAAAAUAGUAGUUAACUGUUAUUUGGCCGAAAAAUGAGUAGGUAACUGAGAAUUGGGUACCCCCAUUAGCACCCUCAUUUAACUUUCUUACCAUAUGGGUAGUGUGGAAGCCGUACAUAGCCAAGUAAUUUUUCUUUUAUGAUAAUAUUCAAUAUACAAUUGUUGUUCCUUUCUUUCUUUCUUUCUUUCUUUCUUUCUUUCUUUCUUUCUUUCUUUCUUUCUUUCUUUCUUUCUUAACUUUUAUUUUACUUUUUUCAUUGAUUAUUGUUUUGGUACUGAAAUCUUCAUGUCGAAGAUAAAGUAAAUAAAGUUGUUGUUGUUACUUUCAGAUGCACAUAUACGUCACUCCUUUCGCGUUCGAAUUUUUAACCAGUGAAAGAACAGGUGCUGUUUCGCUUUGAUUUUUAACCAAAGAUAAAACACUGCUGUUCGUGUUUAAACCUAACACAAGACCUUACGCCAGUGAACACAAAUGACCGAGGAAACUCGUUAGUACAGGGCUCUACUGGGGUCACUUUUUUCUGAGAAUAUGAAUCACAAACGGUAACAAAGGCAUUCUGCAUGGGUGAGAAAAAGGGGCAAAUGAUUUGUAAGUGACUAGGUGUGAUAAGUUUUUGACGAAACCAUUUGAACAUACCAAAGAUUAACUCCAUUUGUUUUCUGAUUAACACCGGAUGGACGACGACUUCCUUGUACAGACAGUCUUUUUCAGCUCAGUGUAAAUAUUUCUUUUCUUUGUUAAAAUAAAACAUUAAACUCGCUGAAUGCUGCGUGAUAUAAUUGCUGAACACGAGCACAUUCCAUAUUAAGUAUGUAAUGAAAUUACUAACAAUAAAGCAGACGAUUGAUCAUUCAAUAAUUAUAUAAAUGGUUCACCCUUAUCAACCACAAAAAAUAAACAUCUUAACUAACCGGUAACCGCAUAAACACGCAACUAUUCAAGCCGAAAAAAGAACAAUUAUCACAUUCCGUAGUUUAGACACAUUUUCCUCGUAGAAAGAGUUCCUUUGUGGAAUUAUAGUUUCUAUGCGCGAUGCAUCAUUCUUUACUGACAAGGUACCGGCUCCUGACAAAGUAGUUUUUGUUUUUUGAAUUACUGUGAAUUGUGUUAAAAAUGGGUUAGUGUCUGAUAUUUCACUUCGCAGACUGCCCUUUUGUGUUUCGUUAAGGCGAAAUAGAAUUGAUUCGAGGGAAAGUCGAUACGUACAUACGGAAGAACACAACCCUCACUGCAACGUCAAUCCCACCUAAUAUAAUCUGACUGCAGCGGGUUUUCAGGUCACGACCACUGUGAUACAAUGAUGAAAACACAAACUGCAACUUACAUAAACUUUUGACCAAAUUUGUUUCCCGGAAAGUUGAAAAAUUCGUCACCGAUUUCCUGAUUCAGAUCUAACAGUCGUUGCGAAGAAUCUAUACUAUAGCGUUUGUUUUUCAAUGCCUGCUUCAAGCCCAUGAGAGAUUUACAGACCUUUUCUGACAUCCGCAUCACCGUCAGCAAUAAACGAAAACCAUUCAUAUAUGCUGGUCUAUUUUUAUAUGCUUUUCCUUUCGGUCACAUUUUUAGUUUCUGGAUUAUCUAUAUCCCUGCCCAACAAAAAGAUUGCACAAAAAUAUUUCGUGAGAUAAUUUUACUAAAAAGUGGUCUGAUUUCAGCGCUUCUUCUGGCUCCCGAGAGACCCAAGCACACAUACCGUAAAUCCUCUAUUAAGCCCCCCCCGGAGCUUAUUUAUUUUAAGCCCAUGUUGGGGGGGGUGCAUAAAAGAGACGGGGAGCUUAUUUGAGAGGGGGGUUUAUUUAAUUUAGAAAAGACGAUGGUAUCAGUUCUCCAUAAAGAAAUACAAAGUGAAAAAGCUCAAUAACAAGAAGGUUGGAGGUCAUGCAGCCGAAAUCAAAUCCGAACUUCCAGUUGGUAAAUCAGCAGAACCACCCGGGAUCAGCCCACACAAAGUUUUACAGACGUGAUUGAUUAAUACAGUCUAUCAUUUAUCAGUAAAGAAUAAUUAGGGGAGGGGAUGGAGGGUUAUAAACUUUCUUCCCCUGAAAAGGCGGGGCUCAUUAGAGGGAGGGGGCUUAAUAGAGGAUUUACGGUAUGAUCUCACACAUUCCUCAGUUAAACUGCUUAAACCGUUUUUUAUUUCGGACUCUUUCCUAUUAAAACUUUCCGGUAUUAGACUAUUCGGAUCGCAAGCUAUGAGGAAAGACCAAGAAUUUAAGAUGGAUGAGCACAAUGCAAUUUCCUUUCUGACAUUAAAUUUUGACUAAGCGAUAAUUGUUUCGUCUUCCUGAUAUUUACAGGCCUUAGUUCGGAAAGACACGAAUUAGCUGAGUCCACAAAUCUCCGCGGGAAAAUUCCGUUUAUAAAACAGUACUUGUUUUGGCUCCCACAUCUUCCUGUUCAGUUGUUAACUUCCCGCCCCGCCGCUCUGAUUGAAUAAAUUCGUUUCCGGAAUUUAUCUCCCGUCUACGGUGUUUCCAUACCAUGUACACUGACAAGACUGACUUCGUUCACUUGCCUAAAAAUGUAUGAUAUUGAAACUCGAGCUAGAAAUUGGCACUAAACAGUAGCUACAAGACGUUGCAUCUGAGUUACUUUUUUUUUCGCUGAUCUAUCUCUUGUAGUUAGUGAGACCAAGAGCCAUAAUUAUGGCUCUUGGUGAGACUUAAAACAGGAUCAGGGGGAAAGCUAUGUUAUAGAUAUUUUUCCAGGUCUUGUUUGGUCUUGUCGCAAUUUUCUUGUUUGCCUUUUUGAGUGGAAUGCAACAUAUACUCUAAACCUUAAUUCUGAAGGCGUGAAAGGAUUUCCUCUGUUAUAGUUAUUUAUUUCUCUAUUUAUUUUGUUUCUUUAGUUAUUCAAUAUUUAUCUAUGGUGGGGUAGAGCCGACAUGUGUGACUAAGUUUUUUAAUAUUGGAUAUUGGACAACCUUUUUUUCUUGGUUAGAAAAUAUCACGCAUUCAUUUUAUUCAGCCCUCUUAAAACCGUGAGCGCUAGGUUUUUGCAGUUCGUCAAAUGAAUAAAGAUGUAGGCCAAGAUGCGGUCCUCGGUAUUGUUUGUAGAAGGGCGUUUCUGCACCGACUAAAUUAACGAUGCAUUGCUAGGUAAGGCUGGGAUGCGAUUGGUUUGUCUAGGCUUUAAACGCCGAAAUUCACAAAGUCUUACAGUAUGAUAAAAAUAAACCUAAGGCUGAAAAGGACGGCAUAUAAUUUUGAGCGCUGAAAUUCUGUAAAUUCAAUACAAUUUUUAACUUAACCAUGAAACUAUUCCUAACUCUUAACGGCAAAACUAGCCACCAAAAAGAAAAACAGCGUGCCGCCAUUUAAACUGCAAUUAUCAUACCCCAACGGAAAAGUCACAGGCUACAAUUUAAGAAUAAUGCAAGAGUAUUUUCAGCCUAAAAUCGGUAGAAAAAUAAGAAUAUUCAGCCUGGGCCGGAAAAUUACGCACGUCCGCAGGACGUACACACGUAAAAAUUACGCGACAGUGGAAUUCUACCCUUACUCAUGCAGGUGACAUUUCGUGUUCUUUGCGUAUUGACAAAAUCAUAAUCAUUGACAAGAAAUGGAUAAAGCUGUACCUAUCGGAUCAAAAAGACAAUCAUUCUGGCUUAAGUUACAACUUUUUAACAUGGUUUUUCUUCACCAGGGGGCCAGGCAAAGACAAUUAAACUAAAUUAAGGUAAAUUAUAGCGUAAUGAAUUAUGGAGUUACCUUUUUUUCAUCUUUGCUUGGGCAGCGCAACACACAAUUCUCUCUGAUUCUUUUGUUUACUGAUCCAAAAUAUGCUCGCAGUUGAACUCUGACUUGGAUGCGUUGUUAGUUGCCCUUUAUCAUUAAUUUGUUCAGAAUAAAAUUUUCGUUCGCCGUGUCUGCUUUUACCCCAAAAUAGCUGGAUCAAUUUAGGUUUCUGCGAAACUGCCCACCUACCCCUCCCCUAAGCUAACAUUAACACUUACUUCUCACUUAGGGCAAAAUGUUGGCUUAGGGGAGGGGUAGGUGGGCAGUUUCUCAUAAACCUAAAUUUAUCCAAAUAAUUUAAUGUAAUAUAUCAUAGGAUCCUAUGUCAGUUAUGUCAGCAAAGAAACACGCAAAAAGUGAAUUUCAAUGAAAGAGAUUCUAUUAAUAUAUUGAUUGCAUAGAAGCACCAACAUACCUACCCCGCAGCCUCUAAAAUCCUGACGUUUGAUUGGUUCAAUUACGUGCCGAGUCGGGCGAGAACUUGACAACAAUAGUUGUUAUUAGGAUGAGAAAUUUUACACACAUGUGCGACCACCUCCCAAUAAUAAUGAGAAAUUUUACACACAUGUGCCACUUCCCAAUGGAGCCUCCUAGUUUUAGUUCGACCCCUCGUACACAAUCACCUCUUGUGAGCAACCCGCGUUCGGUAGCCAUGCAUUUGUGGCGGGGGGGGGGGAUGAUUUCCAUUGUUUUUAUCCCCUUGUAGGCAAUCACUUGGCACGAAUGGUCGGAUCUCUCGACUUAUACUGGGUAAGCUUUGGAAAACAACCCCGAUAUAAAGAAAACUUCCUUUUUGGGCGAACAUAUCUUGCCAGUCCCUUGGUCCUAACAAAAAUUGGUUUCAGACAACCUCGUGGGGCGACGAGGUUGGGUUUCAGACGUCGAAUUUGAUUCAGUCAGUAUCCGAGAGACUCUCGGAUAAUCCUGGAGAGUUUGACUGGCAAAUAUUUAUAUUUACAAAGAAAAAGUCUGUUAAGGAAAAAAAAUAGCCUGUUCAGACAGUCGAACGCAGGGGAAAAAUUGACGAUAGGAAAACAAACCAAGAAGAGCCUGUUCCAGGCCGUCAGAUAGUGGACUGUUGCGCGUCGCUCUUACCCCCUACCCCACCCCGAUCGCUGUUUUUUCUUCUCAAAUCUCUUCACGCCGUCCCAACGAUCUGAAUACCUGGAGCAGGCUGAGGAAAAAUAUUUCGGAUUCAUGUUUAGCCUGCGUAACCGUGUAAACAAAGUUUUGGCCGAGGAGCUCGCGUUGCUCUCUCCUCUCCCCACUGACACCAGUUUGAUUUUCGAACCCAGUCCCAACAGCAAGAAAUGGCGUUUCACAGCAAAUUUUCCCGUGUCGUUGACGUUCGUUCUUUUUUUGCUGUGUUCAGAUCCCCGACAGUCAGGCGGACACGUACACUUACUUGUCAGUCGAAGGAGAGCGCCUGGUAUUUCCGUUUUGCUGGACCUUUUGUUACUGGGGCUACCGCUGCGGGUGCCGGCCUUUUUGCUGCAAGUCGAUUAUACAACAACAAUUUUACUUUCUUCGGGAAUGUACAUGCUGCAACUAAGGUAAUUUGCUUGGAUGUUUUAUUUAUAUGUAUUUAUAAUAACUAGCUAUUAUAAAAAUUUUGCUAAAUAUGGUGGUUUAAGAGCCUCUUCUUACCCAUCACAUGACCAUGUGUGAUCAAAAUAAUGUCAGCUGCCAGAUUAAUGAAAGCAAACAUGUACACCAACUCUCCCAAAUAUUGUUACAUUAUUGAGACUUUUACUUAAACAUUUGAGAUCAGUUAUUACAUUUGUGUUUUCGACACACCGUCUCUUUCUUCUUCAUCUGCUCCGCACCCUGCCAUCUGUCUGUGAAACAUGAGGUAGUAUUUUUUACAGCAUCUAUAUAUUUCUAAUUACAUUUGGUUUCUCUGUUCAAUAGGUAGAAAACAAACCAGAUAAGACUGAAAGAACCUUAAUAAUGGUGAAGCCUGAUGGUGUCCAGCGUGGUCUUAUUGGAGACAUCAUCAAGCGAUUUGAGCAGAAAGGGUUCAAAUUGGUAGCAAUGAAAUUUAUGCAGGUAAGAAGGAUUCCAUUGGGUUUCGAUAUGCAAUUUAUGUGUCUCUCCCUCACUUUGGAUUAUAGAACUUUAGGAAUAAAUUAUAGUUCUUGGUAAUCAUUUCACUUAAAGUGAAUCGCAUACAAUUUAUAUUUGGCUCAUAGCCGGUUAACACACUAAGCUUGAAAAUUUAUCAAGGCCUUGAAAUGUACAACCUGUACCUUUUUAUAGUGGAACCCCGAUAUAAUGAUAUACCAAGGGAGCGGUAAGUUAUUAUAUUGAUCGAGGAAUCAUUAUCCCAAUAUAACAAUAUGGCCGUAAAAUUACCGAAAAUAUUGUUAUUAUCAGGGUAAACCUAACUUGUACUUUUUUUACUACACACAUUAUUUAAUUAAAUUUGUAAUGAGUAUCAAAUGAUUCACAAAAUUUAUGUAACAUUAAAGCACUCAUGCAGUCUUCUAGUGCAUUUAGCACUAGAAGUUUUCAAAGUUUAUUAUACACGUACAGUAAAUUCUGUGUUGUGUAUCAUACAAGUGCAAUAAAACUAAAUGUAAACAUAUGAACUCGAACCUGUUGUAAUCACUACUUAAUAGUUUCACAUGUGUUUUGUUUUUGCUUAAUGUUUUGCUUAAUUUGUGACUGUGAAGUGAUAAAUUAAUCAUUAUAUUGAAGAUUGUUGUAUCUGGGUUCUGUCCCAUACAUUUUACUAUAACUUUUGCCAGGACAUAGAAUAUUAACCCCAUGAAAUGUCCUGAGAGAAUACUUGCACUACACAUCACCUAGUGCGCAUAACGUUGCGACCUCAAAGGUGGCGUUUAUAUUCACGGGUCGCCUGACAAA